AUGGCCUCCCAGAAAGUGUUGAUGCUCGGCGCUGGGUUCGUCACUCGACCCACGCUCGAUAUUCUCUCCGAUUCCGGCAUUGCUGUGACUGUCGCCUGCAGAACUCUUGAAUCCGCCAAGUCCCUCUCUGCUGGUGUCAAGAAUGCCACUCCCAUCUCUCUAGAUGUUACCGAUGAAAAGGCUCUGGAUGCUGAGCUCUCCAAGCAUGAACUUGUCAUUAGCUUGAUCCCUUACACUUACCAUGCUGUGGUUAUCAAGUCGGCCAUCCGCACCAAGACCCACGUUGUCACCACUUCCUAUGUCUCCCCUGCCAUGAAGGAGUUGGACGAGGAGUGCAAGAAGGCCGGCAUUGUUGUUAUGAACGAGAUUGGUCUUGACCCCGGCAUUGACCACCUUUACGCUGUCAAGACCAUUGAGGAAGUUCACCAGGCUGGUGGAAAGAUCACCUCUUUCCUGUCAUACUGUGGAGGUCUCCCGGCACCGGAGAGCUCUGGUAACCCUCUGGGAUACAAAUUUUCUUGGUCUCCCCGCGGAGUUUUGCUUGCAUUGAGGAACGCUGCUAGCUUCUACAAGGAUGGCAAGGUUGUCAACGUUGCUGGCCCAGACCUCAUGGCUACCGCCAAGCCCUACCACAUCUACCCUGGAUUCGCCCUUGUUGCCUACCCCAACAGAGACUCUACCCCCUACAAGGAGCGCUACAACAUCCCCGAGGCACAGACUAUCAUCAGAGGUACUCUGAGAUACGGUGGUUUCCCCGAGUUCGUCAAGGUUCUUGUCGACAUCGGCUUCCUCCAAGAUGCUGAGCAGGAGGUCUGCAAGUCCCCUGUCGCAUGGAAAGAGGUCACCCAGAAGGUUCUCGGUGCUUCCUCUUCCGACGAAGAGACUCUUGUCAAGGCUAUCUCUGCCAAGGCCACUUUCAAGGAUGACGAGCAGAAGAAGCACAUCUUGGCCGGUCUUAAAUCACCCCUCGUGGAAACCCCCCUUGAUACUAUCUGCGCCACUCUUGAGCAGAAGAUGCAGUUCGGUGAAGGCGAACGCGAUAUUGUCAUUCUGCAACACAAGUUCGAGGUUGAGUUGAAGGAUGGCACAAAGCAGACCCGUCUCUCCACUCUUGUUGAGUACGGCAGCUCCGAGCCCGGUGGCUACUCUGCCAUGGCUAAGACUGUCGGUGUCCCUUGUGCCGUCGCUGUCAAGCAAGUUUUGAACGGAACUAUCUCUGAGACUGGUGUUCUUGCUCCUAUCAACGGCAAGAUCAACGGACCCCUCAUCAAGGAGCUCAAAGAGAAGUACGGCAUUGAGUGCAAGGAGGAGAUCGUCGCAUAG